AUGGCUGUGGCAUCACUCUUUUGUUUCCCUUGCUCCCUUUUUGGAUCGCCUAACUUAACCAGACCCGGUGUUCAAUCCAGUUUGUUGUCUUGGAAUGGAGAUUUACAUGGAAAUUGGAGAAAACUUUCAGAUCGCGUUAAGAGUCAUCAACAAAGCGAUUUUCACCGUAACUGUUAUCUCCAAUGGAAAACAGCUACGAUUCACUUGAAAAGUCAAAAGUCCAUUGAGCAUCAGUUAGAAAAACAAAUUGGAGAUGAAACAAAGCGAUGGAAAGUAAUUUUACAAUGCAUUCUUGACGUCACAAUUUUUCUAGCUUCAAGAAACUUAGCUUUUAGGGGAUCCAAUCAAAAGUUGUUCAAAAAUGGGAAUGGAAACUUCCUUGGAGCGCUCGAAUUAAUUGCUCGCCACAACAAAACAUUACAAGAUCAUAUGCAUCUUAUUGCUAAGCACCAAGAAGAAAAAAAUCGCAUGCAAGCUCAUUAUUUAUCUUGGAAAUCACAAAAUGAAUUUAUCAAGGAAUGCGGCAAAUUAGUGGUUCGAGAAGUUAUUCGAGAAAUCAAAAAAUCAAUAUAUUUCACCAUCAUUACGGACAGCGUCCCACAGCGACUGUGGGAGGUCAAAGAAAGAUUCCUUAAGCUAGAAGAACUUGAAAAGAAGAAGGGAUCUGAUAUAACAAAGUUGAUAUUGAAUGUGUCGGAAGAGAAUGAGCUCGACAUAAAAAAUUGUCGUGGUCAAGGCUACGACAACGGCGCUAAUAUAGCAGGUAUUUACAAUGGAGUUCAAGCUUUGAUAAAACAGAAUAAUCCACAAGCAAUUUUCAUUCCUUGCUCUGCUCACAGUUUGAACUUAUGUGCAGUACACGCUAUUGAAUCAUCGGCUCCUGCAAAAUCCUAUUUUGGAAAUAUUCAAAAGCUAUACAAUCUGUUCAGCAGCAGCCCAGUUCGUUGGAAAGUUCUUCAGGAGGAGACAGGCCAAUCAUUACAUAAACUUUCUGUUACACGAUGGAGUUCAAGGAUUGAAUCAGUUAAGCCACUAGCAAAAAAGCCAAGAGAGAUUUUGAAAUCAUUACAUCGUCUAAAAGAGUUAGACCUUCCAGGCGAAAUUAAUAACGUGAGUCUUCUGCUUCAAUCCACUCAACUCACUCUUGAUGAUGAAGUAAAGAUUCUAAAUGGCCUUUUGAUGGAUCUGGAUCGAAUCCGUCUGUCUUGGGACCUGAUUUUGAUAGAGGCAACAGAAGUUGCAAAGAACUUGAAAUUUGAUAAAAUAAUGUUUACUGUGAAGAGAACGCGAAAAAAGAUCGUCUCAGAUGAAACUGCUGGUUACAACCACGAAGAAGCAUCAAAAAACUUUGAGUGUAAUGUCUUCAAUGUUGCACUCGACAAUCUGACUAGUCAAAUGAGAUCAAGAUUUAAAGUAAUAGAAGAGGAAUGUAGCAAGUUUUCCUUCCUUUGGUCUUUACAGAAAUCUCAAACAGACCAUGAACUAGGUUUAAAAGCUGAGAAUCUGGCUAAACUUUACCCAGAAGACUUAUGUAAAAACGAAUUUUCUGAUGAAGUUCGGCAUUUCUUUUCCGUAAGAAGAAAUAUUCUAGCCAGCGAAAAGCCUGUCGAACUUCUAAAUGAAGUUUAUGCAAAGGGGCUGUAUUCAAUAUUUCCGCAAGUGUGUGUUUCUCUUAGAAUCUUUCUAACAUUGCCCGUUUCAACAUCUGAAGGAGAAAGAUCUUUCAGCAAGUUAGCUAUCAUCAAAGAUUAUCUUCGUUCCACAAUGGGCCAGGAGCGAUUGUGCUACUUGAUGAUUCUUUCAAUCAAAUCAGAUUUAGCCAUUAACGUUAAUUAUGAAGAAGUUAUUUCAAAUUUUGCUGCUAAGUAG